UUUCCAUGUGGGUGUGAAAGAGAGGCAGAGGAACACGCUCUCUUAUUGAUCAAAUUUACCGUUGCUUUCGCCGUCGCCAUAUUUUUAUGUAUGUCGCCCAAAGGACAUCACAACUUUGUUGUUGCGUUUUUGUUUUUCGCCUUAAUUUACUUUGACGCAUAAGUCAAAUAUUUACACUCCGAAAUUGACGUCUUGUAAGCGCGGUCGCAAAAUUUCACCGUUCGUCCUUUCCGUGAGUGCUUGUGUGUGCGUGGAGGAUAUAAUACCUAAAACAAACUGCUAUUUGACCUGCAGCCGAUUAGUAUAACACAAAAAGCUACAAAAAUAAAAACACUCUUUGAAGUGAGCUCAAAAAAAAAAAUAAGAAACAGGAAAAUUUAAUUUCCCCAAAGAAAAUUUAUCUCAAUAUUAACUCAAGCUCAAGACAUCAAAAAAGGGAUAUUAAUUGCUGUUUGUACACAUUUGGAGCUUGGAUCCUGGCAAAUAAAGCGUGCGGAAAAGCAUUGGCUUCAUUUUGCCCCCUCAUCGAGUCCGCGUGGCAUGCAACCGUGUAGUCCAGCGGGAGAAGUCGCAAUGAUGCCGCCGUCGAAGAGUCCCGUGAUGGAGAGCGCCGCCUCCGAGCAGAAUCCCGGCCAGCAGAGCCAGCAGGAGGAGCAGAGCGCCAAGCGGGCGUGUCCCUUGAAGUUCUCGAUAGCCAAGAUCAUGGAGCCGGACCACAAGCCACCCAGCCAAGUGGCGCCACCAGCACCACCUGCCCCAUCUUCCUUCGCUUGCAACGACGACGAGGAGGACGAGGAUCCGGAAAUAGAUGCCGACUCGGAGCGCUCCUGCAGCCCCAUCGAGGUGAUCAGCCUGGACCAGUCUGAACCCUCGGUCGUCAACUACGACUCGGCCUUCAAGAAGUACGUGCCGGGCGCCACCUCGGUGGUUGCCCCGCCCUCGAAUCCCUCCGCCGUGCAGCAGUUCGUGAGCUCGCGCCACCAGGAGCUGCUCUCCCAGUAUCCCCUGCUCUACUACGCGCCCAACCAGCUGAUGUGCGCCGCAGCCGCCGCCCAAUAUGCCGCCCUGACCGCCCAACAGCAGUCGCUGGCCAGCGCCGCCCACCUGAGCAGCUUCACCGCCUCCCUGAACGCCAGUCUCCACCACUCGCAGUCGCUGCGCCGGAAUCUGGGUCACCCUCUGGCCGCCGCAGCUGCCGCGGCAGCAGUGGCACAAUCCCAGGCGGUGCCCAAUCUUCAGCAGAGCCUGGAGAAGUCACCGGUUUCGCAGCGGACAGCCUCGGGAUUGCAGGGCAACCUCAAGCGAAAGCGAUCGCCGCAGGAUCAGGGCGAGGUGACCCCGCCACCACCGGCUGCCUCGACAGCUUCCACUUCAGCGGCUCGAUCGAGGUCACCAUCCCCGCAAGGAUCCCUGGAGGAUAGCAGCCCGGGAUCGGCGAGCGGCGGCAAGCCGAAGACCUUCUCGUGUCUGGAGUGCGGCAAGGUGUUCAACGCCCACUACAACCUCACCCGCCACAUGCCCGUCCACACGGGAGCCAGGCCAUUCGUGUGCAAGGUGUGCGGCAAGGGAUUCCGGCAGGCGUCGACGCUCUGCCGGCACAAGAUCAUCCACACGUCGGAGAAGCCGCACAAGUGCCAGACGUGCGGCAAGGCCUUCAACCGAUCCUCGACCCUCAACACCCACUCGCGCAUCCACGCCGGCUACAAGCCCUUCGUCUGUGAAUACUGUGGCAAGGGCUUCCACCAGAAGGGCAACUACAAGAACCACAAGCUGACGCACAGCGGCGAGAAGGCGUACAAGUGCAGCAUCUGCAACAAGGCCUUCCACCAGGUGUACAACCUCACCUUCCACAUGCACACGCACAACGACAAAAAGCCCUACACCUGCCGCGUCUGCGCCAAGGGAUUCUGCCGCAACUUCGAUCUGAAGAAGCACAUGCGCAAGCUGCACGAGAUUGGCGGCGACCUCGACGACCUGGACAUGCCGCCCACCUACGACCGGAGGCGGGAGUACACCCGCAGGGAGCCCCUUUCCGGGGGCUACGGCCAGGCCUCCGGUCAGCUGACCCCGGACUCCAGCUCCGGCAGCAUGUCGCCUCCGAUCAACGUGACCACGCCGCCGCUCUCCAGCGGGGAGACCAGCAACCCGGCCUGGCCGCGAUCCUCGGGAGCGCAGUAUCCCUCGGGCGGGGGCUUCCACCACCAGCUGGGCGUGGCGCCCGGCCACGAUUACCCCGGUUCAUCCGGCUUCCUGCAACUGCAGCCGCAGCAGCAGCCACAUCCGCAUCAGCAGCCGCCGCACCCGCAUCCGCAGCAGAACCACCAGCAGCGCCUCUCGGAGACCUUCAUCGCCAAGGUGUUUUGACAGCGGUACUACGCGGACAGCCUGAACAGCUCCACGGGAUCCUCGACGACCUCGACGACGACGACCAGCUCGACGGUGACCACGACGGCCAUGUCAUCGGUGGCCAGUUCGAGGAGCGAGCUCCUGAUCGACUGACUGCAGUUCGUGGCGGCGGCGGCCGCUGCUAGCAACUCGAAUUCGAAUUCCCGGGAACAGGAACCCGGAUCCGGCGGAUCCCCGUCCCCGGAGCUCGGAUGCACGGCUCUGGGCAGCGCCGUCCGGGCGCUGAACGGACUCUUCUAAAAGGACCCACCAACCUCUACUCCCUAAGAGAAGACCGACCUCACCAGCCACCAAAUGGUUUCAACUUGUGCAAUACCCCCACUCCACUCAGAAGAAGAAGAAUAUGAAGAUGAUGAUCCAACCGCUCAACACAUUUCUAAAACCAAGAAGCAUUUUGUACAUAGUAUCCCCUAAGAACCACUUACUUAAGCAGCUCUCUCGGUGUGUAGAAGUUAGUUAAAGGAUUUACCUAGUUAGUCGCGAAUGCUUACCGCUCUGAGUUCUCUGUAGACCAGCUACACAGAUCCUCAAGAGCGAGGAAUUGGAGUUUUUAUGGGGCAUCAGUCAACCGAAAUACAUUUAAAGGAAUGUAUCUUAGAGUUGUACUGCCGAUCUACAUCCGAACUGUACGUAUAUCCCUAAGUGUCUGUGUAAUCCAACCCAAAAGUAAGCGGAAAUUAAGAAACAUUUUAACGAUG